UGGUAGCUGAUGCUUGCCUGCUCCGUGCUGCGAAGCCUGCGAAAGUUUAUUGAAUAUUGUUGUGAGUGCAGUCUGCUUCGUUGUUAAUUGCAUAUUGCGUAUCGUAAAAAAUGAAUCCAGUGCCGUGUUUAGUUAUCAAAUAACAAUGCAACCAUCCAACAGUUAAGUGUAGUGUGAGAGUGUUUAUGUCGCUACGAUGACCGAGAAAAACAAAUCUGAAAAGAUGACUAAUGCUUCGAAACCUGUUCCUAUGAAACUUUUUGCGGCCUGGGAAGUGGACAGGACCCCUUCCAACUGUAUCCCAAGGCUAUGCACCCUACGCGUAACACGUCUCCGGGUGUGCGGCGCGUUAGGCGAAGCGGGUGGUGGCGCGGCGAGCGGGGCGGGCGCGGGCUCUGUGAUCCUCGCCGCCCGCAUGCACAGCAGCAAGCGGACAUUGCGCUCCAACGACAUCGCCGUGCCGCCUUUGGAUGUAGAGUUGGAUCUUUGCUUCUCCUUGCAGUACCCGCAUUUUGUCAAGCGAGAUGGCAACAGGUUGCAAAUAAUGCUGCAGCGCCGUAAGAAGUACAAGAACCGCACCAUCCUCGGGUAUAAGACAUUGGCUGAGGGCGUCAUCAGAAUGGAUCAGGUCCUUCAACGUUCCAUGGACAUGGAACUAGAACUGAUCGGCGUGGGGGGCAAGGUGGGCGCGGCGGCAGGCCAGCCCGUGGCGAGGCUCAGCAUCACCGGACUUGCAUCCACGCCGGUUGAUCAUGACACAAAGAAUAACAACACUCUGCUUAUUACAGAACGUGGUUACUCGGAUGAGGAGGAGGAAGGUGAAUUUAGCUCGGUGGAGGAGGCUGACGAGAUGACGUACGGCGCCCCCGCACGCCGCCGCACACACCGGCAGCUUGCCUUCAACAAGGCAGACCUGUCUUACACCAAGCAACGCAACUUGAAGCAGAAGUUUGCGGCGCUGCUGCGACGGUUCCGAGUGCCCGAGGAGUUGGCUGAGCGAGGCGCUGCUCGGGACACGCAUCAUGCACAGAGGGACAUCGAUGAACUGUUUCAGGAGUUGGAAUCCCUAUCCUGCGGCGAAGGUGAGGACUCAGGACCUGAUCAAAUGGACACGAUUAGCAUUGGGUCCACUCCGAAACCUUCGCUCCGGCCUUUCUUCAGCAGCUCACGGAGCCUUGCCAAUCAGGAACAUCACAGGCAUUCUAACGUGACGCGGCACGCCAGCCUCGCCAGCGCCACCGAGCUGAGCUCCGCGAGAGAUCGCCCCUUGCACGUCUUGGCGCUUACAGAGUCAGAAGCCAUCCGAAGCUCGGCAGGUGACGAGCGAGGUAGCGAGGGUAACAGUGACGGCGACAUCACAGCAGACCCGCCUGUCUCGGGAGCUUCUGUGUCAAGCUCACCGCCUAAUGAUACUAAGGUGUUUGAGAAGGAGGAUAAACGGUCGCGGCUAUUCCGUAGCGCGACCAGUGGCGGCAACUUGACUCCCGGUGCCAUUGGUCGUAAGAAAAACUCACUCGUGAUUGGUGCAGAGAGACCGCUGUCGGCACACGAGUUGCCGGCUCAGAGUCCGACUGCACUUGAGCCCCGUCGUACAAUAAUGGAGCAAGUGACUCGGCUUCUCGGCGAGGAAGGCCCGGUGCCGGAGUGCAUUGCGAUCGCGCCCGCAGGUGCCGCAGCAAGCGCGUUCCACGCAAUCGGAGUGCCUUGCAUCGUCGUACCAUCGCCUCACGCGCCUGACGCAAGGCCUCUGCUCACUGCGCUGUAUUCUAAGACCGCUAAACAGAGUUCCCGCCGGUCUAGCGUGCGCGUGGUGGUGGUGGGCGGCGACAGCGCAGCAGCGGCCGCCCUGCGCGCGUACACCGAGCUGGCUGCGCGCAGGCCGCACGACGCGCUGCCCAUCCGCUUCUACAUCAUACCUUAUGGUCCGAGCGCCGUGGCGCGGCACCUCGCCGCGUGCGACGGCGGGUACGCGAUGCUGUUCGGCGGCGACGCGUGGCCGGCACUGUGCGAGCGAGCGCCCGAUUGCUGCUUGCAGGAUGUAGCUGACAUGUCCAGCCGCAUCGCCAGGUAUCUGAACAGUAUCGGCCCUCUGAACAACGUGCCUAUUGGUGAGGCAAUGGUGGCAUACCGAGAGAAGUCUGGCGAUGAAGACGCAAGCCAGACUUUUGUACCUUUUAUCGCGGUAAGUUGAAGAUAUCUAUAUCAGUGGAUGCUGAGUUCUUGACACCGGCGAUUGUGGCAUGGUCGAGAAAUGCCGCCUCUUUCGUUUCAAAACUCUAAGGGUCUUCAUGUGCGACGCGGAUGAUGCGGUAAUAAAGAUAAUAUCUCUAAAAAUGGCGCGCUGUUUCAUUCGGUGGU